AUGUCUUCACAGGUUGAAAACUCUGAAUUACGGGAGUACGCUUUGAGAAAUCGCCUCCGUGAACGUACCGGAAGUAUCUUCAAAAGUCGCCACGAAUCCAAUAUGAGACGCUCUCAAGGUAUCAGCCACGAGCAGAUUUUAAUUUCCUCCAGUCCAACAUCUUUAUCGCAGAUCGCCAAAGGUCUCGAUGGUGACAUUCUUGGAUUUUCCAGGCACCGCAUUGUUGAUAAUAUCAUGGUAUUAGGAGCCACUGGUCUCACAGGGUCGCUCAUCGUUGCCAACUUGACGCAGCCAUGGGCUUACUUAAAUUCAACGAAUGACAUCCAGCGCAAAUUAGACAACCUGAGCCCUUCUACCGAACAGCUUGACAAGAACAAUCACUUCUUCAAAAGAACGAAACAGCCUCUGUGCAACGUUCUGACACGCAAAAAAACCGUUGAAAUAACCAAAAACUUAUUUUGCUUCGCGCGGAAACCCAUUGAGCAAGGUACCGUCGCCAGCCUCGGUGAACACAACUCGGCCUGGGAACACUCAGUACACUAUAGAGGGUCCACGUUGUUGUGCCGAUACGAUAACUUCGAAUGUGAUGGACCUGUUGUGAGCAUGGGGUACCUAGAGUUGCCCAAUUCGCAACAGCAGAAAGAAAAAUCGGCCAUUGAGAUGCACGUCCAGCAGUACUCUUACCGUCUCAAAUACGAAAAUUCGCAAGACGAACAUGGACAGAACUGUCGUCACACGUUGACCGUGGAGCUCAAAUUGAAUGUAGUGUCACUGAUAGAGAAAGAAUCAUGGAAAUGGCCGGAGUUGUUUAAGAGUUUGUUUGGCGAAGAGCCCACCACGGCCAGUGUUGUGACCAAAAAACUCGAACAGACGAUGCUUUGGAACUUCCCGUCUUUAAAACAGGUCAGCACCAUCAUUUCCGCGCUAGGAUCUUCAGAUCAUGAGCAGCGCACAGCCAAAAUUUCCCGCUCCUUUGUUGACCACGAUUUGAUCUUGCAAAUGAUACAGGUGUUCAGCCAAAGUAAAGAUGCCAGUACUCAAAAGAAGGCAAUUGUGAUAACCAGCUUCAACAAUUUGUUCUUGACCUCUUUUUCGGACUAUUUCCGCACCAAGUUGAGCCUAGAACAAGAUCUGGCGACCAGGGUGCCAGGUUUGGACAAGCUAGUCAUUUUGAGACCCGGUCCAUUGGUUGGUUCGCACACCUUGUACAACACUGCUAAUUCCUCUUCUUUUCAAGAGACUAAACCUUCCUUAAUCCCAAACACAAUUUUCGCUAUCUAUUGUCUCAAAAGAAGCUGUUUGGAACGCAAGAUCAGGUUCGCUAGAGACUUGUCCAGAUAUGGUCUAAAGCUAAAAUUGGGUGAAAUCAUGGCCAGAAUAGCGUACAAUCGCUCUUGUUCUCCUCUUAUCGGGUACGCUGUUCCAGCCUACAAGGUGGCAUACGUUGCAGUCCUAAAGGCGCUUCGGUCGAUGGAUAGCGACAGUUUUGUAGAAGUCAUCAAAAGUGACCAGAUCGAUCAUUUAACCUGA